CUUUGGAAAUCCGAACCCUUCUCUCUCGCUGCCUACAGAAACCUUCAAGAAGUCCGCAGGUCCUUCGUGUCAUCUCCAGCCUUGCUCAGGACUCCUCCAAAACCCAGCCAAUUCGCUGCAUUGGAGCCCACGGUGACCCCCUUCUGUGGGGCGCAUGGGGCGGUGCUAAUUGGGCUGGCAGCACAGGCCAGGAGGCUCUCCAACAUGAACCUCGUGGGCAGCUACGCACACCAUCACCACCAUCACCACUCACACCCGCCGCACCCCAUGCUGCACGAACCCUUCCUCUUUGGUCCGGCCUCACGUUGCCACCAGGAGCGGCCUUACUUCCAGAGCUGGCUGCUGAGCCCGGCUGAUGCUGCCCCAGAUUUCCCUGCCGGCGGGCCACCACCUACCACCGCAGUAGCAGCGGCUGCCUAUGGUCCCGAUGCCAGGCCGAGUCAGAGCCCAGGUCGGCUGGAGGCUCUUGGAGGCCGCCUGCCCAGGCGAAAAGGCUCAGGACCCAAGAAGGAGCGGAGGCGCACAGAGAGCAUUAACAGCGCGUUCGCGGAGCUGCGUGAGUGCAUCCCCAAUGUGCCUGCGGACACCAAGCUCUCCAAGAUCAAGACUCUGCGCCUGGCCACCAGCUACAUCGCCUACUUGAUGGACGUGCUGGCCAAGGAUGCACAAGCAGGUGACCCCGAGGCCUUCAAGGCUGAACUCAAAAAGACGGAUGGCGGUCGCGAAAGCAAGCGGAAAAGGGAGUCGCCUCCGCAGCACGAAGGCCUUCCUCCUGCCCUGGGGCCAAGCGAGAAGAGGAUUAAAGGACGCACUGGCUGGCCUCAGCAAGUCUGGGCGCUGGAGCUAAAUCAGUGAGAAGAGGCCGGCACCGAGGACCCGGCCAAGGCUGGCCCACCUGGUUAUCGGGAGAGGAGAGGGCAGGACGCAGCGGCCACGGCGAGUCUCCGGGUACCCGCGCGCGUCUUGCCCAGUCUCUGCGAGCGCCGGCGGGUCGGCGGUUGCAACUACCCACUAGAAUCGCACGUGCAAUGUCAUUUGAAUUUGUUAAUACAUAAGAGAAAGAGAAA